AUGUGGCUUAAAACGGCGAUUGUACUGCUCGCCUCUUGCGCGUUGCCCUCGUCGGCCAUCUUCGUUGAUGAGGUCGACCAUCUGGAUUUCCACCACGCUCUCCUCGGCACCCCAUCCCCACAAUCGACGUUCUUCCAUCGCCCGUCGUCUGCGUCUAAUGCAUCGCUGCUAUAUACCCUGUCAGAGAGGUCAAUAAUUGGGGCAAUAAAUCCGAGAGAUGGAGCAGUUGUGUGGAGACAGGAUUUGACACAGUUGACUCCGGCCCAGGGAGUCGAGGGAUUCCUCCGUGCUAGCGACGGAGAACCCACGGUUGUCAGUGCGAUUGGCGAGAAAGUCAUAGCUUGGGGUGCAUCAGAUGGAAAAUUGCAUUGGGAAAGCAAGUUACAAGGAGCAGUCACAAAGGAUUUGGAGCUGCUAGAGCUUGAAGAUGGGCGCACAACCAAUCACGCCCGGGACGUGCUUGUUUUAUCUGAGCAUAAAGGAGGAGUUGUCAGACGACUUGAUGCGGCCGCCGGAACGACUAAAUGGGAAUUCAAGGACGACAGCGGUGAUCUACCCUUUCAGGUUUCUUCGUCGUCGACCGAGGUGAUCUACGUCUCUCUGCAGUCUGCUCUUCUCAAAGGAUACAAGAUAAGAGUAACUACGCUGGAUUCACAGACAGGGCGGCAGAAGAACCAGCAGACUCUGACAUCCGAAAAUGAUGUCUUUGGACCCGAAUCUAUUAUUUUUGUCGGUUCGAACACUGCUUCGCCUUUCAUUGCAUGGGCGGAUAAAUCGAGCAAGACAUUAAAAAUUAACAUUCUCGGCUCGAAGAACGUCAAUAACAUCAACAUCGAGAACACCAGCGACGAGGAAAUUCGCAAGAUCCAGAUUCAUGGACCGACGGGUCUCAAUUGUCUGCCCCAUUUCUUGGUACAUUACGAAACAGAUUCCGCGUCAUGGGCCGAGGUCUAUCACAUCGACCUCCAGUCUUCCUCUAUCUCGCAGGCGUAUCGAUUACCGCGAAUUUCCGAGAAAUCUGUCUUUACAGUCAGUCAUAAAGAUGCGAAUGUCUUCUUUACUCGAAUCGCCGAAACCGAAGUAUCUGUUGUCUCGUCCGCUUCACAUGGAAUUCUUGGUAGAUGGCCAUUUGCGAAAAGCGCACACGGAAGUCCAACAAGUGCUGUCGCAGAAGUCAUUAGCAAAGGCGACUCGGCAGCUGUGAGGUUUGCCUUUGUGCUGGAUUCGGGUGACUGGCAAUUGAACCGGAAUGGAGGACUCGACUGGGUUAGAUACGAAUCGCUCGCGGGUGCCGUUGCUGCUGCAUGGGCAGAGCCUAACUUUAGUGAAGACCUCGUCCAUGAGCUUGAGUUAGAAGGCCAUGAAGACCUUUUGGCGGCCUACCUUCACCGUGUGAAGCGUCAUCUUAAAGACCUUGGACACAUACACGAAUGGCUGCAAGAACUACCAAAACGCAUUUUUUCCAGCUUCUUGGCGGCUGAAGUCACCAAUUUAGAUAGCUUCGGACUGAAGAAGCUGGUUAUAGUUGCCACAGAGCACGGGCGAGUUGUGGCCAUUGACGCCGGAAAUCGCGGUGCUGUGUCCUGGAACGUGAAAGUUGCUGACACCUUAAAUUGGAACGUGAAAGCCAUUCAAACUGGACAGGGUGUUGCCACUAUUUUCACCGAGGAUGGAAUUGCGGUUUCUCUCAAUGUGACAUCUGGAGGUGUCAUUUCUCAACAAAGUUCCGGUCAGAAUGUACGAUCUGUUGCACUUAUCUCAAACGAGAAAGACACAAAUGUCGUCGCGAUCCCCAUCAAGCCAGAUGGAACGCCUUUUUCACCUCUUAAAGAGACAGGAUAUAUAGUGACCUUGAGUGAGGAUGGCAGGGUCCUAGGAUGGGAUGUAACAGAUAACAAAGUCCCCGUUUGGCAAUUCAUACCACCUCCGGGAGAGCGAGUCAUCGGGGCAACAUCACGUCCAUCACACGAUCCCGUUGCAUCCAUUGGCAAGGUGCUUGGAAACCGCUCAGUCCUUUACAAAUAUCUGAACCCAAACCUCGCUCUUGUUACCUCGGUGGGGCUGAAUGAAGCGACCUUCUACUUGCUUGACUCCAUAUCGGGCAAAAUCCUCCAUACCAGCACGCACACUGGCGUAGACGUCACUCAACCCAUCACAUCAGUCAUUUCAGAAAAUUGGUUCGCUUACUCUCUCUGGGCCGACUUGACUGAUCAAUCCGAGUCCAAGGGCUAUCAACUCAUCGUGUCCGAACUCUAUGAAUCGUCAAUUCCCAACGAUCGUGGUCCAUUAGGGGUAGUAGGAAACUAUUCUAGCAUUGAUACCUAUCCAAAGCCCCAUGUUAUCUCCCAAGCUUUCCUUAUUUCUGAACCCAUAUCCCACCUUGCGGUGACCCAGACCCGACAGGGUAUCACUAUUCGACAACUCAUCUGCACACUUCCAUCAUCAAGCGCCAUUAUUGGCAUCCCCCGCCAUGUCUUGGACCCCCGUCGUCCAGUUGGCCGAGACCCCACUGCAGCAGAGAUGGAGGAAGGCCUGUUCAAGUACAUCCCCAACCUUGAGUUCGACGGUAGAUGGUACUUGACACAUUCCCGCGACGUGGAAGGUAUCCGAAAGGUUAUCGUUUCACCGACCCUGCUAGAGAGCACAGGCUUGAUUUUCGGCUUUGGAGGCGAUAUCUUUGGCACCCGAGUCACGCCCAGUCAGGCAUUUGAUAUACUCGGAAGCAGUUUUGCGAAGUUGCAGUUGUUGGGUACUGUGGUUGCACUUGCUGUUGGUGUUUGGUUUUUGGCUCCGAUGGCUCGGAGAAAGCAAAUAAACCUGAUAUGGAAGAGAUAG